CGAGAUGCCUCAUUGUUGAGUUAUGGCGGCGCCCGUUGAGGAGGACCCGGCUUCCAAACGCCCGCCGUUCGGAAAUCGGUUUCUGACCGACCCAAGCCGAGUCUUCUUGCACAGCGCGUGGGAUAAUGUGGAGUGGAGUGAAGAACAAGAGGCAACAGCCAGGAAGAAGGUUGAAGAAAACUGCGCUGAAGUUGUGUCUUCUGAAAAAGGAGCGGAGUUUGAGAACAGAGCUAGUGACUACUGGAAUGACUUCUACAAAAUUCACGAGAACAGAUUUUUCAAAGACCGUCACUGGCUUUUCACAGAAUUUCCUGAGCUGGUUUCGAAUUCAAAAUCUUACCUGCUGAAUCAAUCCAGAGCUACAACAGUGUCAGACGAUCAUUGCCACACUGGCUCCAAGAACUGCCUUGAUGGGAACUUUGAGAAUGUUCAUCAUUCUCCCAAGCAAUGUGCAGGAGAGCCAGUGAAUUGUACACAAAAGCUGGAAAUUUUUCAGGUUGAUAACCUUGAUUCAAAUGAUGGUGAAAGCACCAAUAGACUUGUGGAUGAAACUUCAGGAAAUACAACACGGACACUGACAAUUAUGAGUAAGAAUCAAUUGUCUGAUACCAGCUUCACAGAAACUUCAACAACAUUCCAUAUACUGGAGGUUGGCUGUGGAGUUGGAAAUACUGUGUUCCCCAUUCUACAAACUAACAAUGACCCAGGGUUGUUUGUGUACUGCUGUGACUUUUCAUCAACUGCUGUUGAACUUGUCAAGUCGAACUCUGGUUAUGACAGCUCUCGAUGCUUUGCAUUUGUCCAUGAUCUGUGUGAUACAGAGGCCAGUUAUCCAAUGCCAGACCAAAGCCUGGACAUCAUUAUCCUCAUAUUUGUACUCUCAGCAAUACAUCCAUAUAAAAUGCAAGCCGUUAUUAAGAGACUGAGUCAACUCCUAAAGCCAGGAGGAAUGAUUCUCUUCAGGGACUACGGACGAUAUGACAUGGCACAGCUUCGAUUUAAGAAAGGUCGCUGCCUUUCUGAAAAUUUCUAUGUUCGAGGAGAUGGGACAAGAGUUUAUUUUUUCACAUCAGGAGAACUGGAUGAGCUCUUCACAUCUGCUGGUCUAAAGAAAGUCCAGAACAUGGUGGAUCGCCGUUUACAGGUCAACCGGGGGAAGCAGCUGACCAUGUAUCGGGUCUGGAUCCAGUGCAAGUAUCGCAAACCCUUCUCAGGAGAAGAAAGAUUCCCGCACUGAACCGAAUUGGGAUCUUGACCGGUCACUAUAGUUGAUGCAGAUGUGAGGUGAACCUCCUAUUCCACCUCUAACGCUUCAAAGCACUGUAGUGUGGUCAGUUUAUAUUCAGUGCCCUGGAGGUUGCAGUAAUCAUUUUCACACUUGGAUGUUUCCUUUUAAUACUGUAUAAAAUCUACAGACCAGACUUUAUCUCUCCUCUCCUCCCUCUUAUCUCAGCCAUUAAAACUUGUUCAUUCUUACUUCCCAAUACCAACCCCCCCCCCCCCCCCCACCAAUGGAACAGGGACUAUGUAAAUUCAGCUCCUCAAGUCUGGUAUGCCAUUCAAUUAGAUCCUUGAUUUUUAUUUUAUUUACCAAUGCAACACUGAGCAGGCCCUUUGAGCUGCACUGUCCAGCAAUCCCCAGCCAGCCCAAUUUAGCCCUAAUCCAAUCACAGGAUAAUUUACAAUGACCAAUUAACCUACCUGGUACAUCUUUGGACUGUGGGAGGAAACCGUAGCACCCAGAGAAAACCCACCCAUUCUGCAGGGUUUUGCAUGGUUUUGGGUUUUGUACAGAGUCUACUAACAGAAGACGCCAGGAUUAAACUCUGAACUCUAACACCCUGGGCUGUAAUAGCGUCAUGCAAACCACUAUGCUGUCGUGGUGCCCAUAUUAACAAAAGUUCCAUCAAAAUAUUUUGAAAAUUCCAGUUAUCCCAGUAUCCUAAAAUUUCUGGAGCAGAGAGAUCCAAAUCACUAGAACCCUCUGAGUGAAGAAAUGCUUUCACUCCUCAAUAGGUUACCCUUGAUUUUAAAGUUGUUUCCAUUUAUUUUUUAAUUACACCCAACAGUGUGAAAGGAGUUAUGUGAAUCAGCCUUAUAUCGUGUUGGAUAUUUGGAUCCAAACACGCCUCAGGCUUGUAUUCAGGAAUAGAAGCCAAAUACUGUAUGUUGAGCCUCAUUCUCUACCCACUGGUACCUAAUUCCAUAUGUUAAACCUCAAUAUUAUCGGCUAUUGAUACGUGGGUAUUAGCAGCAGUGUCCCUUCACUAUAGAAGUGUUGAUGGGUGGGGCUUUAACAAGAAUUAUGUUGCCUACUUGCACACGUCCCACCAAUCAGUUUCAGAUGCACUGGGACCAGUUCACCUCAAUGCUCUUGUAACGCCCUGGUUCAGAUUUUUACUGCUAUGCUGUAGGUAUUCCAUUUUAGAAGUCCUGUAAAGCAGUGUGUUCUGCUUUAGAAUGUUUUGGUUUCAACUAAAAGGUAAGGGGCUAUAUGAUGUUCAACUUGGGAAUGUUGUGUCAGCCAAUCAGGGUGGUGGAAUUGAGAGAAGUUUCCAGAGAGAGCUGGGUGAGGUGAGAUGUGACGGACAGUGUAGUUCGCGUGGUCUUUUUGGCAGGAGCUGCAGAGAGGACAGGAGGGAAGAUGGCCGAGGCUGCCACGAGAAGGGGCGUCCCUGUUGCACAUAGUGUUUUGUCCAGAUGAAUGGCCAGUAUUCCUGAGAGAGCCCAUUUGCUUGAGAUGGACUUUGAGCGACAUUCAGAAUGUGGUGUGUGCUUUCACACAGACCAUGGGUGCAGCGCAUGAGUAAGAUGACAACUUCAAGAUGAGCUCCAACUUCAUUUACAAGUUUGGUCUGGGUUAACUGAAAUGGGCCCUUUUUAUUUUUUUUUCCUUUUCCCUACUAACUGUUUGAUAAAGCUGAAACUUGUAAAAAUACUUUCUUUAUAAAUUUAUGUAGUGUAUGAUGUUAUUUCUUGCCAACUGACAAUUGUAUAUGGGCAGUAUUUACACAGCAUUCGCUCAAAUCGAGGUUUCUUUAAUCAAAACAUCACCGCAUUCCUGUUUGGUUGAACCCCAAAUCACACUGGCCUUAGACGCCUAUUGUUUAUGAAUGGUGGUUUUCUCACCGGUGAAUCCUGUGACUGUUUGCAGGGCCGGCUAACAAGACAAGUUUGCAUAAAAGCCCGGUGAAGGUGCUACACUUGGUACUGGCAAAACAGGGAAUCAUGCUCUGUGUAAAAAUAGCACAAAUUGCAGAAGGGGGUAGCGUUUAACUGUAGAAAAAGGAUGGCACACAAUCUGUGUUCCCUCUAAGCUAUGCACAUGCACACACACGUUUUUCAACCAGCACACAAAAGGUUAGUUACCUUUUCUUUUUACAAUAUUUAUUCAGAAGAAAAAACAAGAUUUACAGAGUGCAGCACAUAGAUACAUCUCAACAUAAAUUGUGUACAUUCAUAUAUUGUAAUAAAAUUGAUCAAAAUGUUAUAGCAUAACAUAUAAAGGUAUACCACUCUGUAAUCAAAAAUUUAAAGAUACAUCAUAAAAGAAAUUUUUUAAAUAAAAAAGUCAACCCCCUACCAACUACCAAAGAAAAAAGCUGAUGGGUGAUAAUGGAUAAUUAGAGAAAAAAACAUAUUCGCUUAAGAAGAGAAGAUAGAAAUAUACUUAAAAGUCUGUGCACUGUUAAACUUUAUAAAUUGGAAAAGUAAUUUAGGAAAGGUCCUCAGAUUUCAUAAAAAGAUUGUUUUGAAUUUAAGACUGAGCAGCGGAUCUUUUCUAAAUUUAAAUAAGACAUAACAUCACAUAGCCAUUGAAGAUGUGUAGGAGGGGUAGACUCCUUCCAUCUAAGCAAGAUUGCUGUCCUUGCUAAAAGAGAGGUAAAAACUAAAACCUGGAGUUUAGGAGUAUUUAAAGUUAUAUCUUCAUUUGCGAUAAUACCAAACAAGGCGGUAAGGGGAUUUGGGUAAAGUUGGACCCUAAAAUGUUGUGAGAAGGUAUGGAAUACUUCCCAGCAAAACUUUUCAAUUUUAGGGCAAAACCAAAACAUAAGGAAUUAAAGAGGCAUCAGCAGAGUUGCAUUUAUUACAAAGUGGAGAAAUGUUCGGAUAAAAACUAGACAGCUUUUGUUUAGAAAUGUAAGCUCUAUGAACCACUUUAAAUUGUAGAAGAGAAUGACGGGCACAGAAGAUGAUUUAUUAACCCUUUUAAGAAUUUUAUUCUAUCUUUCAUCAGAAAUCUGACAAUUAGGUCAUCCUCCCAAGCUUUUUUUAUUUUAUCUAAAAAGUCUUGUCUAGAAUCAAUCAACAAGUUAUAGAUACCGGUAAUAGAACCAUUAACAAAAGGUUUUAAAUUUAAAAGAUCGUCCAGUAAAUUUUUAUCAGGACCUAUAGGAAAAGUAGUUAAUUGGGAACGUAAGAAAUCUCUAAUUUGAGGAUAUCUGUAAAAAUUUGUUUUUGGCAGUGCAAAUUUAGUUGACAGUUGGUCAAAUGAAGCAAGAGAUCCUGAGAUAAACAGGUCCUAAAAACACUUAAUACCUAGUUCAUCCCAAUCCUUAAAGACUUUGUCAGUCAUGGAAGGGAUAAAAAAAAAUUAAGGAGAAUGGGAGAUGAUAAUGAAAAAUACGCUAAACCAAAAAAUUCUAAAUUGAGACCAGAUCCUUAAACUUUGCUUAAAAAUUAUGUUGUCUGUUGUUUUAUUUGCUGAAAAAGAAGAGUAUGAUCCAAGAAGAGAGACAAUAGAGGAUUUUUUUACAGAAUUAACUUCUAAGGAAACCCAUGAUGGGCAAUCUUUGCGAUAAAUAUAACAGGACCAAAAAGUAAAAUUCCUUAUAUUGGCAGCCCAAUAGUAAAACCUAAAAUUGGGUAAGGCUAAUCCACCCAUCUCUUUAUUUCUUUGUAGGUAAACUUUACUUAAGCAAGCUUGUUUAUUAUUCCAAAUAUAAGAUGUUAAAAUUGAAUGUAAAGAAUCAAAGUAGGUCUUAGGAAUAAAAAUAGGUUAAGCCUGAAAAAGAUAUAAAAAUUUAGGAAGAAUCUUCAUUUUAAUUGUAUUAAUUCGGCCAAUUAGGGAUAAAGAAAGAGGGGACCAUUUAGAAAGCGUCUUUUUCACGUAAUUCAAUAAGGGGUUUAAGUUUUCUUUAAAUAAAUUCUUGAAGUUUUUAGUAAUUGUUACACCUAGAUAUGUAAAUUGACUUGUAACAACUUGGAAUGGAAAUUUGGCAUUUGAUGACAUUAGAUCAUUUAAAGGAAAUAGCUCACUUUUAUGUAAGUUGAGCUUAUAUCCUGAAAAAAAACUAAACUGGGAAAUUAAAGAAAGAACCUAAAAUAAUGUAGUAAUUAAUAAUUAUACUUAUUGAAAAUAAUCUGUUAGCUAAAUGUUUCUGUUAACUAGUUAGUCAGUUUUUCAAAUACCACAAUGCACGUCACUAAUUUACAUCACCUCACCUUUCCUGUUCCGGUUUGUACAGCUGCAUCACGGCAGCAGCCAUCUUUAGUGGACAGUGUUCAUAUUGUAAAGUUUACAAAGAUCUGUUUCACUAUGUUGAAUUCAAAAGAAGCGAAGGGCGUAAAGCACAAAAGAGCUGCAAAUUUGUUUAAAGUUUUGCAAAGCCAACAAUGUGAAGAAAACGUCACAGUAGAAACAAGUUCGCUGUUGACUUUUAUAAAUAGUCUUUGUGUUCACUUAGAACAAAGGUUUCCUGAAGAUGAGGUACAAGAAUGGUCAGCUUUUGAUUUCUCCGCAAUUGCAGAUUGUGACUUCACAUUUGGCAAUGAACAAGUUAAUGCCUUAUGUCUAAAAUAUCAUGAUUUUCUAGCUGAAAAAACUGUAAUAAUUAGACAGUUUAAAGAUUUCAAAUUUUCCGUGCAAGAAAAAAUUAAAACCAAACUCAUUUCAAACUUUGCUCAAAUGGUGGCAUUUGUAGAUGAACAGUUUUGCAAACUUGCACAGUUGAUGGACAUUGGAGGAACCUUUCUUGUGUCUAGUGCGGAUUGUGAACGAAGUUUUAGCCUAAUGAAUCAACUCAAAAAUAAGCUGAGAAACCGUUUAGGUGAAUGUCAUUUGGAUAUGUUAAUGAGAAUCAAAAGCUAUCAAUUGGAUGGAAGUUCUAUUAGUCUAGAUAGAGCUUACAAAGAAUGGGUAAAUGUCGAAGCCAGGAGAGAGGAAAAGAUAACUGAGCGACUUAAAUAUGUAUGUUAUUUUGUUGUUGUUCUGUACAGUUUUAUGUCAAAUAUUUUGUAAACCUAUAUAAAAUGUGCCAUGUGUGCAUUCAGUGCGCACAUACUUUUGUCACAGGAAAAAAACUUGCACAACAUAAGGUUUUUGAGCACACUACUAAAAUUCAGGGGGAACAUUGCACACAGUGUAGUGUAUUCAGACACUGCCGGAUCAGGAGUACCUUCCCACCCUACGGCUGAGUGCCUCUCCAGAUCAUCUCACAACAGGUGCUGUUGUGCAAGUGUGCCAAACACCUCAUGGCUAGUGUACCGUAAGAGGGCAGAUUUGAGAACAAAGGCAAGAGUUUUUAAAUGUGUUUUCAGUGCUUGUAGUUAAUUCAAUAAAUAUAUUUAAUUUAUAUAAUUCCAUUGUUAUCCAGUGAUCUGCGUGAGAAACAAACAAGAGAUUGUCAUCCAGUGCUUUGAGAAGAAAAAGAAUCUCGAGGUUGUAUGUGGUAACAUGUAUGUACUCUGAUAAUAAAUUUUACUUUGAAA